UUAAAGAUUGGGGACUAUUUGUAAAACAUAUAGAAAUCGGGUGGUUUAUACAUGCCGGUCAGUUAUUUGUAUAGGCUAUUUCAAAAUGAUCAAGUGAUCUCAUUUUUAAAUAGCUUAUACCAAUCAAUAUUCAAAUAACAAUCAACGGUUUAAUUUUUUUUAACAAAUACUCACAAUCGGUGUAAUCUAAUAGAUCGUUGGACAUUAGUGGAACUGUGAUAGAACAGAAGGAAAUGCCGAAGCGAAACCUUCAGAUUCUGAUAGACAACAAGAAGACAGUUUAUUUUCCUGGAGACACGAUAACCGGACGUGUACAGUUCGACGUAGAUGAACCUCUUAAAGUAAGAUCCAUUGUUCUGAAAUUCGUGGGAUGGGCGAACGUUCACUGGACGGAGCAAAGAAGCAACGGGGAAUCCUCUCACACGGUGCAUUUUAGAAGCCACGAGGACUACUUCAACUUCAGCCACAUCCUUCUAAGCAGAGCCACUACCGGAUCAGACGAAAUCGUUUUAUCGCCGAAUUCCUACACUUACCCAUUUAGCGUUACGCUGCCGUACAACAUUCCGUCCUCGUACGAGGCUCAAAUUGGACAGGUGCGCUACAUUUUCAUCGUGGACGUUGACAUACCAUGGGCCUUUGAUAUCCACGCUAAACACAUGAUCACCGUUAUGGAUCCACUGGACCUGAAUACCAUUCCCAAUCUCGAGUCACGUGCAGAGAAGACAGACCAGAAGGUGCUGUGCUGUUGGUGCUGCGCAUCGGAUCCUAUUUCCGCUCACGUCCGCCUCGAGAGACAGGGCUACGUGCCCGGGGAGGAAAUUCCGUUUUGGGCGGAAAUCAACAACCAGAGUAACAGGACAAUGAGCUGCAGCAAAGCCAGGCUUCUUAUGAGUGUCUCAUACCAUGCUACGUCCAAAACUCGAAUUGUACAAAACUAUCUCACCAAAAUCAAGCAUGGCGAGAUUGAAGGUUGCGGCACGGACGCCUACGUCAACGAGAAACUUCACAUCCCUGUGGUCCCUCCAUCGUUCCUUAAGAACUGUAGGAUCAUUGAUAUCCGUUACUAUGUCGUGAUAACAGUAGACCCAUCCGGUCUCGGCUUUGAUCUUGACGUACCAGUUGAAGUUGUGAUUGGCUCCAUUCCACUCCGAUCCGUUGCCCAGCAGCAUGGACUCGCACUUCCGGAUCGCCAGGCUCCUAUUGCCGCAAUCGCGAACCUGCCGCCUCCGCCCCCUCCUUACCUGGGAGCUCCCGCGGGACUCUACAAUGAUACUGCGUAUCCUCCAGCACUUCCACAAACGACGUUCGCGCAGAGCGCUCUCGGAGCUCACAGCACCGCGGAGGCAGGCGACACUGAGCACACCUAUGGAAACACAAACUUCGCACCCGUGUACACGUACUAUAACUGGAGCAAUCCGAGUAAUAACACUCAGUUUGAGAUCGAAGGAUAGAAUUACUCGUCGUUGUGCCGAAUAUUACAUCCAUGAAAAUAAUGGGUUAAGUUUUAAAGGACAAAGGACUGUAUUUUUGGAAACCUCUUAGAUUAUUUUUGUAUGCGUUCAUGAAGCAAUAAAGCCAAUUUUGGUUUCAUUAACUUUCGACAAUCCACUGUUUUAUUCGCCAAUCAUUGUAUUCGCAUGGUGACGGUAGCUAUGCAUUAUCAACUUUCUUUUUGUGUGUUUAUGUUUUAUAUAUGUAGCAGUUUUAUAUCUGUAUUGAUCUGUUAUAUUUUAAUAUAUAUUGACACUGUACUAAAAUAAAGUUAAUCCAACAGUG